CGCGAUAACUUCCGGGUCACCUCCCCUCCCCCCCUCGUGCUUCCGGUCCCCACGCGCUUCGUCUUCCAGGGUCGCGCCUCCAUUUCUAGAAGUUGGGAAUAGAGAGAGAAAAAAAAUUCCUCCUCUCCUCGCAACCGCACAAGGCCACCCCGCCUCGCUCACCUCGUCAUGUCUUCGGUGACUGCGCUGAGACCAUCAACUGCACGUGAAAACCCAGUUUAUGGACAGUCUCACACAAUUCUGCUGGUGCAGCCGACGAAGCGGCCGGAGGGGCGCACCUACGCGGACUAUGAGUCGGUCAACGAGUGCAUGGAAGGAGUGUGCAAGAUCUACGAGGAGCACCUGAAGCGCAUGAACCCCAACAGCCCCUCCAUCACCUACGACAUCAGCCAGCUGUUUGACUUCAUAGAUGACCUGGCUGACCUGAGCUGCCUCGUCUAUCGUGCCGACACACAGACUUACCAGCCGUACAACAAGGACUGGAUCAAGGAGAAGAUCUACAUUCUGCUGCGAAGACAGGCACAGCAGGCGUCCGCCAAGUGAAGGGCUUUGUGGGAAAGGGGGGAAUUUGGGGGGGGGUUGGAUGGGGAGCAGUUGGUCUUAGCAGGGCCAGCACUGUGGUGCAAACAGACGGCACAUGACCCAGAAAAAAAUGCAAUCUCGUGUCAUCAGCGUGGCGCCAUGCAACUGAGAUUCUAGUGAAGGCUGCGUGUGUGGAAUAACGAUCGAUAGUAAAGCCGGUUACCGUCUGGCUCAAUGAAAUCUUUAUGUUAAGCUAAGGUCUGUGGAAUCUGGUUGUGUGUAAAUACCCAUGCAGCUAUUAGGUAAAUGUGUUAAAAGCACUGGAUGUCACUCUUUAUAUUACAAUUUUUACUUAUAAAGUACAUUCAGAGGUGCUAUUAAUAUACAGCUGAUGAAAUCUGGUUUCAAACGAUGUUAUGAUUUGUAAUCUUGAGUGCAUGCAAGUUUGUGUGCAGAGAGCAAUGGGGCAGGAGUUUUACUUCUUGUGCAAUGAUCCCAGUGAUUGAAGUUUGAUUCCAGACCACGGAUUACAUCAGUGGCGAGUCGUAUCGGAUCCCUUUGUGCACCUCCCCUAGAUCAACGCAGCCUUAAGCUCCUACCUAGUGUCGUGUGUGGACAUUCACACUGUGGAGGAAACUGUUGGGUAAGGGUGCUGGUCACACCAUCGACUCUCUUACACUCUGCCCACCUUAAUAAACGUUCGCUAACAUGACUUCCAACAGCCUACAUGGCUGAAUGGGUGAUUACUUUGCUGUGUAUGCGAGUGGGUGUGCUUGUUUGUGAUGUACAAUAUUAACAUGCUCACACAAAUUUGGCUUUUAAAAAAUGCAAAACGACUAACAUGACAUUUUGAGUACUUGAAUGUAUUCAAAAAUAAUGUUCGGCAAAGGCUGUCAGAAUAUGCAGUCAGAUUACAUAGAUGUAGGUUUAACAUGCAAUCUGAUUUAACUGGGCUCGGCAUUUUAACUUGCGGUUCCACCCACUGGGUGGUUCAGCAUGUAUUGUGAUUGAAUGGGUCUGGCUUGUUGGCACCAACUAUAUUCCACGUGUCUCGGUUGUUAUGUCACGUGGCAUAGGGAGAAGAGCUUGUUUACAAUUGGCUUCCGCUCGCGGGCGUUCAACUUGCGCGCCCAUUUCAUCGCCAUGGUUUUUUUUUCCCUAAAAGGCUUGCCAACCUCCACUGGGCGUCCGGCGUAGGUUUGCAUCACGGCACAAGUGCCGUAAAUGAGUUCUUAACCCCGCUUAAACACGCACGUAAAUAACACGUAAAUAACACGUAAAUAACACGUAAGUAACACGUACAUGCGCACGCACACAAAACCGGAUGUGCGUGCAAACUCUUGACACUGUUGCGUAGACAUCCUUUUGACUAAUGGGGCGUAGUGUAGCUCUGUAUAUAUGGGAUGGGGGGGUUACCACUGGGCCCUUAGGGGGGGGAUGCUUUCAUACUCACCUAGUAGGGGUGGCGACUUUUUUUGUGGGUUCCUUUCUAGAAAGGUUAUAGGCAUUGGCAGGAGUUGCGUGCAGCGUAUAUCUGGCACCAAAGCCAUUUCCAUUGAGCUGUCGCUUUCAAGCAAACGAAGUGUUAAUACAAAAAUACGUGGCAGUUUGGCCUUGCAAAGCGUCUACGGUUUUUACACAAAGUUCAUGCGGCACCUGUCCCGGAAUCGAAUCCUCAGGUUUGUCUUUAAUAUACAGGUCCCAUAAGGCCGUGCUUACUAUCAACUUGCAACUGGACUUGAUUUUAACAUCCGGUCAGAUUCCAGUGAGGCUUUUUUUUACACGGAAUUGGCUUUCACCGAUCUAAGCCUGACAUUGCAGUAUGGCGAUUCUGUUCACGGUGUGUCACUGGCAUCCGAUUGGAGUGCACACAAUUUGGGUUUAACACCGAGUUGCGUUACACCCCACCCACACUUGGGUUCUCUCGCUGCAUCUCGUGUAUUCUCGUGCAACCCAUAGGUCCGAUGACCAUUGUCCGGGGGUGGGGGGGGGCAGAUGGACCUUGAGGAUGUCCACUUGACACAUUCAUUGAAAUUGGUUUUCGAUCUCCGUUUUGGUGGAAUGUCGGCAAGUUGUGUUAAAACAUUGCUCUUGAUGCCGGGACCCUCCUGUUAGAUCCGGCACGGUCGUGAGAGUGGUGUGACGGUUGGGAUUACAGCGUUAAAUAAAGCCACCACGCUCUUACGAUCGCUUUGCGUUUUUGGACAGGUGCGUUCAUCCGUCACUGGGGUUUGUGGUGGAUAAUGUUAGGAACAACGGGAGUGAUUGCUUUCCGGUUUAUUAUUUGGGGAGGGGGGGGGGGGGUCUCAUGUUUGUUACCCCACCUAUUGUGUUGAGGCAGUGGUUAAGCAGCAAUCUUGUAAGCGCCACCACCUUGUCGAAUACAUGAGAGGUGGGGGGUGAGACGAUGGUUCACGUGGGAGCACGCAAGCCUGCAAUUAGUGUUAAUGGUUUUUCCCAAGUUUAUUUUUAAUUACUACUCUACCGUUUUAAGAGUGGCCCAUUGUUUUAACUUUGUUUUUCUCAGCCACACGUGUUGCAGGAAGAACGGUGCGACGCAUCAAACUUUUGUUUAAAUUCUAAGCCGCAUAGUUUCUGCGGUUACUGUCAAAGUCUUGGCUUAAAUUCUGUCUUUUUGUGAAAUACAAAUUGUUGAGGGAACCGGUGAAGGCUGUCCACCCAAAUGAGCCCAACAACAAAUGUGUUGCUGGCAAAAAUUUAAUUAAAAUGGAAAGUUUGAAACCCCCUUCAUAAUAAAGCAGAUUUUAUGAAAAUUA